GGGAAGCCGCCCGCCGGCCGUGCCGGGUGAGCGCGCUGACUGACGGCUCCUCGCAGCCAGUGGCCGCGGCGCGGGGCGGCGGAGCCCGGCGGCGGUCUCCUCGGUGACCGGGGGGGAAGGUGGCGCCUCCCGGAGCGGCCGGAGUCCUGAGGGGACCGAGAACUUCAUCAGAUGAAGGAGUGAUACUGUGAAACAUGACAAAAUCCCGGACUAUUUAAAAGUUUUCCUGUCUCAGGAAAAAAAACAAACAACAUGUAUAGACCAGGGGAGACAGUCAAACGUCGACUCAAUAUGCAUGCCCCUCCUCGAAUAAGGAGUGUGGAAGUUGCUAGAGGGAGAGCAGGCUAUGGGUUUACCCUUUCUGGACAAGCUCCUUGUGUUCUUAGUUGUGUUAUGAAAGGAAGUCCUGCUGAUUAUGUUGGACUUAAAGCAGGAGAUCAGAUAUUUGCUGUUAAUGAAAUUAAUGUGAAAAAGGCCUCUCAUGAAGAUGUAGUGAAACUUAUUGGGAAGUGUUCUGGAGUCCUCCACAUGGUCAUUGCUGAAGGGAUUAGUCAUAUAGAUUCAUGUUCAAGCGAUGAAGAAGUUGGCUUUUAUGAUGGAAAGGGGUGGCUGAAGCCUAAACCUGACUCUAAAGCUCUAGGCAUAAACAGAGCAGAGAAAGUUGUUGAAGAAAUGCAGUCUGGUGGCAUUUUCAACAUGAUCUUUGAGAAUCCUAGUCUUUGUGCUGGUAACUCAGAUAAUUCCACACCAAAACAAAGAUCGUUUUCAGAUUCUGCUGCUAUUAAAUAUGAAACUGGAAAUGAAAGUGUAAGCAAUCCAAACCUACUGUCAAAGGAAGAAAUGUCCAAGGUCACGAAUGAUGAUUCGGUUUUUAGAAUUGGACUGGAGAGUGCAGAAGACUUUGGACUAGAUGCAAGCAUUUUAAAUGUUGCUAUGAUUGUAGGCUACCUAGGCUCAAUCGAACUUCCUUCAACAACCUCAAAUUUGGAAAAUGAGAGUUUGCAGGCUAUUCGUGGGUGCAUGAGACGUCUACGGGCGGAACAAAAAAUCCAUUCGUUAGUGAUGAUGAAGAUAAUGCACGAUUGUAUUCAGCUUUGCAGUGACAAAUCAGGUGUGGUGGCAGAAUACCCUGCGGAGAAACUGGCAUUCAGCGCUGUUUGCCCCGACGAUAGAAGAUUCUUUGGAUUAGUUACAAUGCAGACAAAUGAUGAUGCGAGCUUGGCUCAGGAAGAUGAAGGGGUUCUGAGGACAUCUUGCCACGUGUUUAUGGUGGAUCCAGACUUAUUUCAUCAUAAAAUUCACCAGGGCAUAGCAAGACGUUUUGGACUGGAAUGUACAGCAGAUCCAGACACAAAUGGCUGUCUGGAGUUUCCAACAUCAUCUCUACCUGUUCUUCAGUUUAUUUCUGUCCUGUACAGGGAUAUGGGGGAAUUGAUUGAGGGAAUGCGUGCAAGGGCUUUUCUUGAUGGUGAUGCAGAUGCUCAUCAGAAUAACAGCACAAGCAGUAACAGUGAUAGUGGAAUUGGGAAUUUCAAUCAAGAAGAAAAGAAUAACAGAGUUCUUGUGGUUGAUUUGGGGAGCAAUCCAAGUAAACAUAUUCCCAACAGUAUAUGGGAAAAUGCGGUAGGAAGGGGACAAAAUCAGUCUGCUUCCCAUUGGAAUGGCUUCUGUCAUGAACAAGAAGGAAACAUUCCUUUAGAAGUAAUUCAGAAUGAUAAGUCUCAAAAUUUAAACAAGCACUUAUGUCCUUCUGCCCGUAUCGAAGUUCCACUGGUUUCCUCCCGAAAUUCAGUGCCCCCAUCAAAGAAAAGCACUGCAGGCGUGGGCAAUCAGAGAUGGUUGCCCGUGCAUGUUUUACAAGAGUGGCAGCACGGAAAUGCUAGCGACCAGGAGUCUUACACUGAUUCUACAGACGGCUGGUCAAGUGUUAACUGCGGGACUCUCCCCCCUCCAAUGAGUAAGAUUCCAGCUGACAGAUACAGAGUCGAUGGCAGCUUUGGUCAGCCACAGUUAAAAUCUCAUAAAAACGAAUGGUCCAAGAAGAUGUUUUGCAUGCAAAACAAAUUUGGCCCUCCGCACAGUAUUAGGAAGUCUAAAGAAGAUAAAAAGGGUUCAAAAUUUGGACAUCCAAUGGGAUUAAAUCAGGCUCCUCCCCAGCGUUCUUCCGCUCGAAGAUCAUUUGGAAGAUCUAAGCGAUUUAGUAUUACUCGUUCACUGGAUGACCUUGAGUCAGCAACUGUCUCUGAUGGAGAGCUGAAUAGUACUGAUUUGAAAGAUUGCAUCAGUGAGAACAGCCUCAGUAGCAAUGCUAGUCUUCCCAGUGUACAGAGCUGUCGACGACUUCGAGACAGAAGAGUUGCAAGCUGGGCAGUUUCAUUCGAGCGUCUUCUUCAGGAUCCUCUUGGUGUUAAAUAUUUUUCGGAAUUUCUGCGGAAGGAAUUUAGUGAAGAAAAUAUUUUAUUUUGGCAGGCCUGUGAAUAUUUUAACCAUGUACCUGCACAUGAUAAAAAAGAGCUUUCUUACAGAGCUCGGGAGAUCUUCACUAAGUUUUUGUGUAGCAAAGCUACAACUCCAGUUAAUAUUGAUAGCCAGGCACAGCUGGCAGAUGAUAUUCUCAAUUCUCCACAUCCAGAUAUGUUCAAGGAACAGCAGCUUCAGAUUUUUAACUUGAUGAAGUUUGAUAGCUAUACUCGCUUUCUCAAAUCUCCCCUUUACCAAGAAUGCAUCCUAGCUGAAGUAGAAGGUCGUACUCUUCCAGAUCCACAACGUGUUCCCAGCAGUCCCACUUCUAAACACAGUAUCAGUUCAGAGAAGUCCAAUAUCUCAACACCGAAAAAGUUAAGUGGUAAAUCAAAGUCAGGAAGAUCCUUAAAUGAAGAGUCAGGAGAGGAGGACACUGAGAAGAAGAAAAGGGGGACAUUUUUUUCAUGGUCAAGAAGUAAGAGUUUGGGAAAAUCACAGAAGAGAAAGGAAAAUGGUGAUUAUCAACAUGAUUCUAUUCAGUCCAAUGGGUUAUCAUACAGGAGGGAAUCACAAGGCUCCAUGUCAUCAACUGCUAGUCUUGACUUGUCUGAAACCUCUAGAUUACCUGCAUUUGUACCAGAUAAAGAGAAAUCCCCCAAAUACUGCUGUGUAAACCUUCCAGAUGGUUCUUCUAGCAAAAUGGCUGUUAAAUCUGGAUUCUCUAUCAAAGAGGUGUUGUCUGGGCUCUGUGAGAAACAUGGCAUUAACAUAGCUGCAGUGGACCUUUUUUUGGUUGGAGGUGAUAAGCCGCUUGUAUUGCACCAAGACAGUAGCAUCCUGGAGUCUCGGGACCUACGUUUAGAAAAACGCACUUUAUUUCGGCUGGAUCUUGUUCCAAUCAAUCGAUCAGUUGGUUUGAAGGCUAAACCCACCAAACCAGUAACAGAGGUCUUAAGGCCUGUGGUUGCAAAAUAUGGUUUAAAUCUUAAUGAGCUUGUGGCAAGACUAAAUGGUGAGCAGGAACCACUUGAUCUUGGUGUCCCUAUAUCUAAUCUGGAUGGUCAGCGGGUUGUUCUAGAUGAAAAAGAGCCAACAAAGAGUAGAGUGUUUACAGAUAAACAAAAAGGUGCAUCAGUAAAACAGAGUGUAACUGUGACUACUUCAAGAAAUCAAGUAUCUACUACUGGAGAGGGAAGAACUCUAGGAAAGUCUAAUUCUAUCAAAAUGAAAGGCGAAAAUGGAAAAAAUGCUAGGGAAGUUCGACUGUCAAAAAGAGAAGACUCUAUUGCAAAGAUUGGGAAAAAAAAAUGUCAGAAAAUAAAUUUGGAUGAAGCAGAGGAAUUUUUUGAACUCAUAUCCAAAGCUCAAAGUAACAGAGCAGAUGACCAACGUGGACUGCUAAGGAAAGAAGACCUUAUUCUUCCUGAUUUUCUUCGUUUACCACCCACUGGACCAGAACCAUCCUCAUCCACGCCAGCAGGUCCUAAAGGCCUCAACAAGCGAGUUUCAAAAAAUGAUGGCAAGGAUGGAUGUACAUCGCCAAGUGGAAAACAGGAGUCCAUACAAAACUAUAAUGAAAAUUCAGUUAAGAAAAUGGGUUACUCAGAAAAUAAACAAAAAUCUGCUUUGACAGCACUCCACAGUCAGAAGACUUUCAGUGUUCCUUUUAAUACGACAUUGUCUCCAAUUCCGCAUGCACACGAAAGCAAUGCAACAAUAUGGAAAAGGCAGUCAAGAGAGUUACAAGCUGAAGGCAUACAGAUGGUAGAUGAUGAGAAUGUGGCAGACUUGACUCUUGUGGCUGAAGGAGAUAUUAGUAGCCCUAACAGCACUUUGCUACCACCGCCACCACCAACACCACCGUCAGACAUCAGUAAACUCACAGAAGCCAACUACCCACCCCCAACUCCUUUUGCAGGUAAUCAGGAAAAAUCUGGAUAUCAAAGAUCCAAUUCAGGUAUUUCUAGAUUUUAAUAGUCUUUCCUUUUAUGUAAAACUACUUUUCCUUGGCACUGCUAAUCGGUAUUUGGCACCCAUUAAAGCAAACAAGAAAAUUUUCUCUGCACCUUAAGUUUUUUUUUUAUUAUUAUUAUUAUUUUUUUUUUUACAAAACAAAGAUUUUUCAUUGCCUUAGUCUGUGCUAACUGUAAUAUUUCUGGUUGCCUUUAAAAACAUGCAUUUAUUUGGAUUUUGCAUGUGGUCAAAACUGGACACGUGCAGACAAACCUUUAAAAUACAUCCAUAUGCUCUAAUUAUAUCAUUCUUUAGUCUGGGAGUAGAAAACAGGAUAUUGGCAUUUUGAGUUGCAUAACACCACUCUAUUCCAGAUUUUCUGAUCCAUUUGUCAUAAUGAGAUGCAUGAUUAGGGUAUAGAAUUCUAAAUGCUUUAGCAGGAACCCUAAUUAUGCGUUGAAAAUUGCAGGACUGUUAAUAAUUAAAAUUCGAAGUGGAUAAACCUUAAUUUUUUAAAAAAACAAACCUCUAAUAGAUAUUUGUGACUAAAAAUAAAAUUUUAAAAUAUUUUUUUUUUACCCAUAGUUUGCUACCCAGAGAAAUAGACUGCAUCUAUCACACUUUACCCCACACUAGCCACAUGUGAAUUAGCUCUUUCUAUUAGAUCAUUUCAACAAAAAUAUGUAACUUUUUUUUAGGAUGUGAGUUUCAUGGUCUAGCAAUAUCACAGAGCAAUAUUAGCCCAAGGCUAAAGUAUGACAUUUCUUUAUAAACACGGACUCUAAUUCUAAUUGCUAAUACCAGAAACUAGAGUUUGAAGAUGAUGGGUGUUGUGACAUUGACAUUUUACAGUCAUUGUACUGUGCAUUUUAAUGUAAAAUAUGAGAAGAGGUAUCUAUGUGCUACAUUUAUUUUUGAUGUUUCACAAACACAUGGUGCCAUAAUUUGUAUGAUCACAUUUCUUUGUGAUGUGGGAAUAUACAUUUUAAUUAUUUAUCUUUUUACACAGAGUAUUUGAUACUGUUCUUUAUCUGUAUGGUUGACAAUUUGUAAAUACUUCUUUGAUUGUUGGAUGCUUAUAAAUGGCAAUGCAAAUUAUUUCAUUCUCUUGGUAUUUGAAAAACAAAUCCCUUUGUUAGUAGUAUUUGAGAAAUGUUCUAUAAGCGCUACUACUUAAUUUCUGAAACUGAGUAUUGAACAGACUUGUAACCAGUGCCUACAGAUACAAAACCACAAAAUGUACUUCAGACGUAUUGAUGUGUAUAUGCAUAGAUGUGUUGGUGUCUUUCUGAUAAUGUGACAAGUGUACAACAUAGGUAUCAAGUUGCAUAGCUUUCAGUGAGAACUGUUAGAAAAAAAACCAUUUGCACUUAAAAAAAGAAAAAUUCAUGAAUUUACAGUAUUUUAAUGCAUGCCAUACAUUUCUGUGUAACCACUGAACUGUAGCUUUCCCUUUUCCCACUUUCUACUUUUUACUUUGUAGAAAUCUUUGUGUAGUUUUCACAUGUAUUUUGUAUCUUUGUUCUCUCAGGAGUAAUAAAUUCUAGACCUAGUUAUG